ACCCCCCUGCGAUAUGCCAGAAUGCCUUGGGCAAAUACCCCGGACAGGGCAUUUAGCACCGUCGCCUGAACGGUUGCGGCCGUGACUUUGGAGUCCAUCGCACCAGCAGUCUGGAUUUCUUUCGAAGCCUAUGCAAAAGGAUCAUCAGUUUAACGAGAGCAACUACUGCAGUCGAAUUGUUAAGUACGAUUCCAAAAGGGGUCACUCCCGGGGAACAAACACCAUCGCCUACAUGUCCGCGAGAUACUCCGAGAAAUUACUGAGUCCGGAGCUAUCCUAUCAAGCUAUGUCGCCAUUCUACAGCUCCUAGGGAGAGAGGGGUGAUGUCUCUCCAGGCUCGCUGCCAUCAUACCCAAUCCAGUCGAGGUUCGGCGACACAUCCGAAGCAGACCAUCAAUAGUCAAAAUUUGGCUCGUGGAG